GCAAACACAAGCGCUAUGAGAUCCGGAUGAGCGUGUACAACGCGGUGGGGGAGGGGCCCAGCAGCACGCCGCAGGAAGUGUUCGUGGGGGAGGCAGUCCCAACCGCCCCGCCCCAGAACGUGGCCAUCCAAUCAGCCACUGCCACCCAGCUGGACGUGACAUGGGAACCGCCCCCUCUGGACACCCAGAACGGUGACAUCCAGGGGUACAAGGUCUAUUUUUGGGAGUUCCAGCGCAAGAACGAGUCGGAGAGGCUCCGGACCCUCUUCCUGCCCGAGGGCGGGGUCAAGCUGAAGAACCUGACGGGCUACACCACCUACAUGAUCAGCGUGGCCCCUUUCAACGCUGCCGGGGACGGGCCUCGCAGCGCCGCCACCAGGGGGCGCACCCAGCAGGCUGCCCCCAGCACCCCCAGCUUCAUCCACUUCAGCGAGCUCACCACCACCUCUGUCAACAUCUCCUGGGGGGAGCCCACCUAUCCCAACGGCAUCAUCGAGGGCUACCGCCUGGUCUACGAACCCUACACCCCCAUUGACGGAGUCAGCAAGAUAGUCACGGUGGACGUGAAGGGGGGCGCGCCCUUCUGGAUGAAGAUCAAGGAUCUGGCCGACGGGGUCACCUACAACUUCCGCAUCCGCGCCAAAACCUUCACCUACGGCUCUGAUGUGGAGGCUAACAUCACCACCGGCCCUGGGGAAGGUGCCCCGGGGCCUCCCGGAGACCCCUUCAUCUCUCGCUACGGCUCGGCCCUGACCAUCCACUGGGCCAGCGGAGACCCCGGGCGCUCCCCCAUCACGCGCUACGUCAUCGAGGCCAGACCCUCAGAUGAGGGCUUGUGGGAUAUCUUGAUCAAAGACAUCCCCAAGGAAGUGACAUCAUACACGUUCAACAUGGACAUCCUGAAGCAGGGCGUCAGCUACGACUUCCGGGUCAUAGGGGUCAACGACUACGGCUACGGCACUCCAAGUUCCCCCUCUCCCUCCAUCUCUGCCCAGAAGGUGGCGCCGUUCUAUGAGGAGUGGUGGUUCCUGGUGGUGGUGGCCCUGGUGGGCCUCAUCUUCAUCCUCCUCCUAGUCUUCAUCCUCAUCAUCCGAGGCCAGAGCAAGAAGUACUCCAAGAAGUCGGACUCAGGGAACAACUCCAACUGCAACGCCCUCACGCACGGAGACAUGGUCAGCCUGGACGAGGGACGCUUCCCCGCGCUGGAGCUCAACAACCGGCGGCUGUCCGUCAAGAACUCCUUCUGCCGCAAGAACGGCGUAUACACCAGAUCUCCACCCAGGCCCAGCCCUGGCAGCCUGCACUACUCGGACGAGGACGUGAGCACCAAGUACAACGACCUCAUCCCCGCCGAGAGCUGCAGUCUGACGGAGAAGCCCUCGGAGAUCUCCGACUCACAGGAGGCGCUCGUGUUCUCGUACGGAACUGGUGGUCUGCGCGUGCCCCCGCUGCACUGGGGCAGCGACAGCGAGUACGAGGUGGACCAGAACCGGCAGAAGACCCACUCCUUCGUCAACCACUACAUCAGCGACCCCACCUACUACAACUCGUGGCGCCGCCAGCAGAAGGGUAUCUCCCGGGCGCAGGCCUACAGCUACACCGAGUCCGAGUCGGGCGACCCGGAGCACUGUGCCCCGCCGCCCCUGCCCCCCCUGCCCCCCCAGCUCAGCUCCCCCAGCCCCCAGGCCCAGGCGCAGUGCCCGCCCCAGGGCCAGGGCAGCCUGUUCAGACCCAAGGGCAGCCGGACUCCCACCCCGUGUCAGCAGAGCUCCAAUCCCCCCAGCCAGCACGGCAGCCUCUACCGGCCCCCCAGCAGCCUGGCCCCCGGCUCCAGGGCCCCCAUCGCCGGAUUCUCCUCUUUCGUCUGACGCCAAGAGGGGGACUCCUGCCUGGGUGACCCCACCCCGCCCUCCCCCCCCCCAAACCCGUGUCAACAGAGAACACUGCAGUGCUCACAACAGCAUGAAAGUUCUACGGCCAGUUCUUUUUUGUCAUCAUUUUUUCCGUCAUGAAAAGGUGUUUUCGUGACUUUAAGUUAGUUUAUUUGUACUUUUUUUUUUUACAAGAUGGGUUCCAGGAGUAUUCUGUAUACAGGGCACAAAAGCAACAAAAUACUUUGAUGUGAUACUUUUUCCUAUUGUGUGCGUGUGCCAGCCUAUAUGUGGUUUCCUCUCCUUAACUGCGGGACCACUUGUGAGAUGGUGAUAGCAUAUAUUUGCUUUCCUGUUUGUUUUGCCGCUUGAGCAACUUGCAUGAGUUUUUCUUUUGGUAUCAUUUCUUUUCUCCGUUUUUUUGUUGAUACUGUAUACUUCUUCACACACAUGACAGAAAGAAAAAAAAACUAGAAGAAUAUUUUAGGUUAUGUAAAAAGUCACCAGAUUAUAUGGAGAAAAAAAAUAUUGAAGAGUUUGGCGUUCGGACCCAUGUCUGGAUAAAAAACCUUGAUGAACGACAACACUCUGAUGGUUCAUGUGAUGGACAAUCGUUGAAAGGAUAUAUAUGAUAUACUAUAAAGAGAUGAAUCGAUUGGUAGGAAGACUAAGCAAUGAAUGUCAGACGUGAGGACGAACAUUUUGAGGGCCAGUGUCGCCAUAUGUAGACACGUGGACCUAUUUUGUUGGGAAGAAGGACCCCGAGAUUUGUUCGCACUCUCACCUUUGACCUACGGGCCUCAACCCCUUAGAACGGGGAGCACACACGCGUCAGGGCUCGUCCGAUCCCAAGGCCGCAGUGUACGUGCCUGGAGCGCCCCCCCGGAACAGGAGAUGUACUGCGUCGACGUGAACAUAUCGGUGUUAUCGUCUGCCAGCUUUCUCAGAAAGCCACUCGCGGAAUCUGAGAGGCCUUAUCGAGUCUAGCGUAUAUCAACGACCUCUGACCCGAUGUACUGCUGCACACGGCUGAGACCCGAGUUCUCCCUCCGC